UCUCCUAAGACUCUGUCGGACUCCCCCUUUCUCCCUUCUCAAUCCUCCCAUCGCCCUCUCCGAGCUCUGAGGGUGCCCUAGUACCGUCGCCUCUACAGUGCUCCGCCCGGACCUCUUCUCGCCAGGCUGCUCCGUCAAGCUCCGCAUUCCUCAACUUGCUGCUGCCGCCUCACGGCUCCGGAGGAAGGCGGAGAUGGCGGUGGUGAGCUCUGCGAGCGGCUCCUGGUGAUGCUCCACGAGACGCACCCAGAGCUCAAGCUCCACGCGCUCGCGAGUCUGCUCCGUCGAGCGCGCUCUUCCUCACUUGCUGCGGCCAUCAUUGCUGCUCCUGCUAUUGUAAAGUUGACAUUUUUACUUCCUUCCCCUGCUUACUAUUAAACUACUACUACUACUUCUGCCAUUUAUUCUUCAGGGUUGUUACAAACCCCUCCCGCUGCAGCCGCUACGUGCGGUUCAACACGAUGCAGGCCAUCGUCCUCGACGUCCUCCUCAUCUUCCCCGACCUCCUCCAGCGGUCCUUCGCCCCCAGCGACGGCGUCAGCUACGAGAUCCUGCAAAGCGCCGACAGCAGCGUCUUCUGCUUCUUCUUGCUCGUCUCCCUCGUCUACGGCUCCACCGCCUGCCUCCUCGGCCAAUUUCCCAGGUUGCCCCUCGUCGCCAACGCCGCCGAUCGCCAGGUGACGAUUUUUGGCAUUCCACGGUUCCGAUUUGGGGAUUUGGGUGGGAUCGGAAAAGUGGAUUAGGGCAUAAUCUUUCCCUUCUUUUUUUUUUCUCUUUUUUUUUUCUGGUGGUAUUGGUGAAUUGGUUGCAAAACUAAACUACCUGGUUGUAUCAUCUGAUGUAAAACUCAUAUUUUUGCUAAUAAUAAUUUGCUGAUAA